AUGGUCAUCGAACAAUUCAACCUCAUUCGUCUUUGGGUCGUAAUCUUCAUCCUCCGAAUAUAUAUCGGCAACUUUAUAGCAUAUGUGGUGCUGGAGCUUGAGGGUUAUCACUGUGAUUUGACAGAACCAGUGUUUCAUUGCGCGUUCUCUUCUUCUCUCAUAACCCAAAUAGAUCCAAUGAAGAACAAAGUGACAGUUGUUGGAAGUGGCAAUUGGGGCAGUGUUGCGGCAAAGCUCAUUGCUUCUAACACCGUUCGACUCAGCUCCUUCGAUGAUGAGGUAAGAAUGUGGGUGUUCGAAGAGAAAUUGCCAAGUGGGGAGAAGCUUACGGAUGUAAUCAAUAGAACCAAUGAAAAUGUCAAAUAUCUCCCUGGAAUCAAGCUUGGAAAAAAUGUAGUUGCAGACCCUGACGUUGAAAGUGCAGUAAAGGGUGCGAAUAUGUUGGUAUUCAUAGCCUUGGAGAAAUUUAGUGAAGCAACGGUUGGAUACAGCAAAAAUAAAGAAGCUGCUGAGAAAUGGGUUCAGUUGUUUGGAACUCCCUAUUUCAUUGUGUCAGCCGUCCAAGAUGUGGAAGGUGUCGAAAUGUGUGGAACUCUGAAAAAUAUUGUGGCCAUAGCCGCAGGUUUUGUUGAUGGCAUGGAGAUGGGAAACAACACUAAAGCUGCAAUCAUGCGAAUUGGUCUGAAAGAGAUGAUAAAGUUUUCAAAGAUGUUGUUUCCAUCGGUUAAGGAUAGCACAUUUUUUGAAAGUUGUGGUGUAGCUGACCUUAUAACCACAUGCUUGGGUGGAAGAAACAGGAAAGUUGCUGAUGCUUAUGCAAAAAAUCAAGGGAAGCGGUCUUUUGACCAGCUUGAGGCAGAGUUGCUUAAUGGCCAGAAAUUGCAGGGUGUAUUAACUGCAAAAGAGGUUUAUGAGGUUCUAAGUGAUCGAGGAUGGGUAGAGCAGUUUCCACUCUUCUCAACAGUUCAUGCAAUCAGCAUCGGUCGCCUUCCACCUUCCGCCAUAGUCGAACUUGGCGAUUCCAAGUCGGCAAAUAAACAGUGCAAGUAAUUAAUGCAAUAGAAUUACAUACAAUAAACAGAUUUAAAAGCCCAUCAAAAUGAUAUUAUCCAAGAUUCAACCUUGGACUCCACUGAAGAUGAUGAAGCCGAUAAUGUGAUGAAGAUGUCAUCAACGGGAGCGAUUAGAGUUCCAAAACCUUCAUCUAUUUAUACAGCUUAUUUAUAUUUUAGGUUCAUAUUUUGUAUGAUUUUCCUUUUUUUCCUUGUUUUCUUUUUGUCAUCAUCUUUGUGUAUAUAUAAGCCUAUAUGCAAUGAAUGAAAGGAUCAAGUUAUUUCAAAAUCUUAAUUAGACAAAAAUGAUGAAGCUUUAUUUCAAAUAUGGACAAGAAAUGCGAAACAAAAGGGGGUAUUACCAUCUGAACAAAAAGUGACUCCCACUGUAAAACCAGAAACUUUCUUGAGUAGCAAUAUUUACCAAUCUCUGUCAAUAAGUCCGUACACAACAAGAAUAACAAUUUUGCUUCUUUUUUUU